AUGAGCGGUUAUGAGUCAGUUGGCUUUGGCGUAGAUGAUUCACUUGAGAAUGAGAGGAAUCUCGAUGAAAUCAUGGCUGAUCGAAGGGCCGCGGAAGCGGAGCUUGAUGCAAGGGAUGUGAGGUCUGGUGCAGCAGCUGGCAGGAAAUUGCCACGGAUGCUUCACGAUCAGGAUACAGAUGAGGAUAUGAAUUCAGGAGUCCAAAAAGGCACAGGGCUAGUUUUAGACCACCAAGUGGAUGAAGAACACCAAGUGAUGAUGAUGGAUCCAGUAACACGAGAAUGGACAAUUGAGGGAGGUGCACUAGUCCUUGCUGAUAGGGGCAUUUGCCUUAUUGAUGAAUUUGACAAGAUGAAUGAUCAAGAUAGGGUAAGUAUUCAUGGAGCUAUGGAGCAACAGAGUAUCAGUAUAUCAAAAGCAGGAAUUGAUAUUAUUGAUCCAUUUACAGAUGAAAUACUUGCAAGGUUUGUUGUGGAUAGUCAUGCCAGAUCCCAACCCAAGGCGGCUAACCUUGAAGACAGGGUUCCAACUGAUGUGGGUGAUGAUCCACUGGCCGCUGCAAGACAAGCUGAUCCAGAUAUACUCAGUAUGCAGAAAGCACUUCAAAAGAAUUUCCGGAAAUACAUGACAUUUAAGAAGGAUUACAAUGAGCUGCUUCUGCUCCUGCUGCGCGCACUGGUUAAGGAUGCACUGCACUUUGAAGAAAUCAUCUCAGGAUCAACCUCGCGCCUUACUCAUGUCGAGGUCAAAUGUCAAAGUGGAGGACCUGAGGAACAAGCCACAGAGGCCUCCUGGAUGAAGAGGGAUGAUCAGAUCUGA